AUGGAGAUGCCGCCGAUGGAAAGAGAAUUGAGAGGGACCGAGGAAGUGACAAUAAGGAUUGAGAAGAUGGGAAAAGAACAUGAAAUUGCUAUGGAAAGAGUGCAAGAAAAACUCAAAAUAUCAAAAGGAGAUGACAGUCAGGUGCUUCAUGUGAAUUCUAAAGAUGAAGGGCGAUGGAAAAUACUGGCUAGAAGUAGGGGGGCUAAGAACAAUGGGAAUUCUAAGAAUAUUGGAGCUAAUAGCAUGAGAAGCAGAAGAUUUUCUGAAGAUGCAAAGGGAAGUGAAAGCUAUAUGGCUUUGAGACUUGGGAGACUGAAGGAACUGGAUGGUCAUCAAAAUGACACAAGCUCAAGAAAGAAACAUGAACCCAAUCAGGAAAACAGGGAGUUGGAAACAUCCAGCAAAUUAAAACAAGGUGAAGGUAUGGUGAAUGAUAAUCAUCUUAUGCUGGGGGAUAGAGAAGAGGGAGCAGCUUCUAAUGAUCAAAGAACCAAACUAGAUGGAGAAGGAAAGAGUGAAAAUAAUUCAGGGGACACAGAAAAGACCAUGCUGGAUGAAUUCAGUCAAACAAAAACUGAAGAAGCAAGCAACAUCCAAAAACAAGUGGACAGGGUCAACAAAGUAGAUAGCAAUGAUAAACGAAAAGAAGCUGCGGAAGGACAGGAAGGCUUGGAGAUUGCAGAUAUUCGAGAAUCAGAAACAGAUUUAUUCAAGGAAUCAAAUUUGACAUCGGAAGAAAAUAAAGACAAGUCAGAGGAGCAAAGAGAUGAGUCCAACUUCUAG